AUGUUCAGAGGAAUCUACAGGGGAACACAAAAACACCAAGAUGAUUUUUUGGAUGUGGUAGAGAGAGCAGUCAAAGUUGGCAUUAAAAAGUUUUUGAUUACAGGUGGGAGUCUAGAAGAUAGUAAAGAUGCAUUGCAGCUGGCACAGACAAAUGACAUGUUUUACAGUACAGUUGGAUGUCAUCCUACUCGCUGUGGAGAAUUUGAGCAGAGUAGCCCUGAACAGUAUUUAUCUGACUUGAAAAAUCUGAUUGAAGAAAACAAGACAAAGGUAAUAGCAGUUGGAGAAUGUGGCUUAGAUUUUGAUAGAUUAGAAUUUUGCCCAAAGGACAUCCAACUCAAGUAUUUUGAAAAACAAUUUGACCUGUCAGAACAGACACAACUGCCCAUGUUUCUCCACUGUAGAAACUCACACGCUGAGUUUUUAGACAUAAUGAGAAGAAACCGAGAUAGAUUUGUAGGAGGGGUGGUACAUUCUUUUGAUGGCACAAAGGAAGCAGCAGCGGCUAUAUUAGAUUUGGAUCUUUAUAUUGGAAUAAAUGGCUGUUCAUUGAAAACAGAAGCCAACUUGGAAACACUGAAAUCAAUUCCUAGUGAACGAUUAAUGAUAGAGACUGAUGCGCCUUGGUGUGGAGUGAAAAAUACUCAUGCUGGAUCAAAAUACAUUAAAACUACAUUUCCUACAAAAAAGAAAUGGGAAAUAGGGCACUGCUUGAAGGACAGAAAUGAACCCUGCCAUAUAAUUCAAAUACUGGAAAUAAUGGCGGCAGUAAGAGAAGAUGAUCCACUUGAGUUGGCCAAUACUCUAUAUAACAACACUAUUAAAGUCUUCUUUCCAAAUAUAUAAAGUUGUUUUUCUUACAUUUAUUCAGCAUAACUUUAGUAUAUAUAUAUUGCAAGAACUUAAAAAUUACCAUAUCUGCAAGUCCUUAUCAAUGGAAGCCAAUAUGUAGUGCUUUUUUUUUAUGGUACAAGAUUAAAGCUGCUUUUGAAAAGGUG